AUGACGGUCUCAUAUCAAGCGCAAGUCGCGACCAGCAACUUCAAUUGCUUCUUGAAACUAUUGGCCCGCUGGCGUGGUAGCAUUUAUAAAAUUAUUUGGAGGGACUUAGCCGUAUUUUUGGUGUUAUAUUAUGCUCUGGGUAUUACUUAUCGUUUUAUGAUGGGACCGGAACAACAACGCCUCUUUGAACUGCUUGUGCAUUACUGUCACAGCUCGAGCACACUCAUACCGCUCUCGUUUGUGCUCGGCUUCUAUAUUGCGGUUGUCAUGAAUCGCUGGUGGACUCAAUACAUUACUGUGCCAUGGCCUGAUCCACUUGCCGUCUACGUGAGUACGCUCUUUGUCGGACAGGAUGAACGUGGUCGCAUAAUGCGUCGCACCGUCAUGCGUUAUGUCUGCCUCUGUCUAACCAUGAUUUUUACGAUGGUGGCGCCGAGUGUCAAGAAACGCUUUCCCACAAUGGACUCGUUGGUAGAUGCCGGUCUGUUGACCGAGAAUGAGAAGGAUGUGCUAAUAGCUAUGGAUGAAAAAUCACCGAAGCAUCGCAAACAUUGGGUGCCGCUCGUCUGGGCGGCCAGCAUUGUAUCGCGUGCACGUAAGGAGGGUCGCAUACGUGACGAUGUCGCGUUGAAAACUAUUUUCGAUCAGUUGGACGCGUUUCGUAACAAAUGUGCCGUUAUAUUGCAUUUCGAUUCGGUGCCAAUUCCUUUGGUUUAUACACAAGUGGUAACGCUGGCGGUGUAUUCAUACUUCUUGGCGGCGCUGAUUGGCCAACAGUGGAUGCCUAGAGAGGCGGACCCUGAUGGGCACUACGAUUGGGUUGACUAUUAUUUUCCUAUUUUUACAACGCUGCAAUUUUUCUUCUAUAUGGGUUGGCUAAAGGUGGCAGAGUCGCUGAUGAAUCCGUUCGGUGAAGAUGAUGAUGACUUUGAGGUGAAUUGGAUGAUUGAUCGCAACUUGCAAGUCUCCUACUUUAUUGUCGAUGAAAUGCAUCACGAGCAUCCCGAAUUGGUGAAAGAUCAGUACUGGGAUGAAGUUUUGCCUGGCGGUCUGCCAUAUCCAGAGGACUAUCACAAGGUCACUACAGAUUUCACUGAUGUCGGCAAGUCGGAUGGCGCCGCACAUUUCGUUUGGAAGCGUCGCGACAACAUGGCCACCAACUCUAGCAUGCAUAGCAGCGUCUCACGGAUCAACGCGGUAUUGAAGCGUCUAAUCAGCAAGGAGGAUACUCAAACUAACAACAGCCGUUUGCGGCUCUCUACAAGCUCCGUCUCACUGGGCGAACACAUACCGCAUUCCACAUCCGAUUAUGAAAGGCAUUUGGCCACAAAUAAGUAUUCCGGCGCUGCGCGUCUCUCAUGGUUGACCGAUGUCGGCGGCGAAGUUGAUUCAAAAAGCAUGCUUCUGCCACCCGAACAGUUGCGUUCUCAAACGAGCGCUGCUGAAUCACUCACGUAUGAAGAUGAGGGCGCGGAUGGAAGAGAGAAGGACGAUUUCGAUUUGUUGCGUGAAGAGCGUGAGCGUCAACGCCAGGAACGACAACGUCAGCGCAUUAUGCAAAAUGUUUACACUGCCACAAGUGCCACAGCUGAUCUGUUGCCUGCUUUGAUUGCCUCGGGUUUGAAUUUAGCAGCGCCACCGACUAUACCGAUACCAGCGCAAAUGCUACAGCCGAAAUCGAGUGAUCAACGCAGUGCCACGCCGAGCGCAAAGAGUAGCAGCAGCAGCGGUGCCGGUAGUAAGUCACGUGUCGCUGGGGCGGCUGAGCAGAAGAAAACGCGUGAUGAGCCGGACAAGCAGGAAAAAUAG